CAAACCAUAGUUUUGAAAUAAUCCCGUCUCCAUAGUUGCUUAAAAUGGAGCAUCGAAAGAAUUGGCGGUCUUGAAUUGAGUUCAAACCCUUUGAACAUGGUAUUACAUAUGAACUAACUAGGGCUCAAUCGCCUGAACAACAACUAAUCUCGAAAAAAAUGGCGUCAGAUGGUUCAUCCCGCUCCCGUGUUGACCAGUUUUUUUCUUCAAAGAAAAAGAAAAAGUUCGUAUCACCUCUUUCAAAAUCAGGGAAAGUUGAACCUGAUGCAAAACUUUCAGUCGACGGGUCUCCUAGUGCCAAGGGUUCUUUAUCCAACUAUUUGGUUUCUUCACAAAAUGAAGCUCGUAACCUUAGCACUGUACCCACAGCUCGUGGGCCAUCCGAUAAUCAAGAUCAAGUGAGAAGAAAUCUGACGUCAGCAAUUGAAUCAUCCAAUUCUGUGCAUGGCGUUGAGAACCCCGAGCUACAACAGUUUGCAACUAAUUUUUUGUCAUAUUAUUGUAGCGAUCUUCCCACUACACAAGUUAAUGCACAUAAACGGCCCGGUAGUCCAUCUGUGAGAGAUUUGGAAGAUAAAUUGAUUAAUAAACGACAUAUCAGUAGUGUCGGAAACCCGAGCCAUGACGAGGAGCAUCAAACGAGCUUGAGGAAAUGCAAUAGAACAUCCACGGAAGUUGCUGACAUGGCGUUAUGCAAUACACCGAGCCUGACAACUGUCAAAGUUGGCGGUGAAGAAACACCGCAGUCAAUGCGUGGAAGCUCGAUGUUUUCACCAGGAGACACGUUCUGGAAAGAGGCAAUCCAGGUGGCUGACGGUAUGUCCAAGGCAAAUGCAGACUUGGCAUCUUCAGGGCAAAAUGGUAAUUCUAUCGACAAAGAAGUGUCACCGUUACCGGUGAAGCAUUUUGAUUUUUCAUGCGAGGAUAAACGUAUGGUUGUGGAUGCUCCAAUUAUGAGCACCCCUUGCAACCAAGUUCAAUCUUUGUGUAAAUUGCAAGACACAAAUUCGAGUUGUGUGAUUACUAAAAGGAGAAGUGAUGAUAUAAGUCCACCUAAUGAUAACAGAAUGUCGAUAUCACCAAACACAGACAUCAAAAGUUAUAACGUGAACGGUUUAAACAGUGUAGAUAAUACUCCGUCAAGCUCACUUCCUCCUAACGACCGUUUAGAUAUUAGUAAUUGGCUCCCUUCUGAAAUAUGCAAAAUUUAUAAAAGGCGGGGAAUAUCGAAACUUUAUCCUUGGCAGGUGGACUGUCUUCAGGUUGACGGGGUGUUACAAAAAAGGAACCUUGUAUAUUGUGCAUCUACAAGUGCUGGCAAAAGUUUCGUUGCGGAAAUAUUAAUGUUACGCCGAGUAUUAUCAACGAGAAAAGUGGCACUUCUUGUUCUUCCUUAUGUAUCAAUUUGCGCAGAGAAGGCAGAACAUCUUGAAGCCUUACUGGAACCACUUGAUAAACACGUUCGUAGUUAUUAUGGAAGCCAAGGUGGUGGGGCCCUUCCUAAAGAUACAUCCGUAGCCGUUUGCACAAUUGAGAAGGCAAAUUCUCUACUCAAUAGAUUGCUUGAAGAAGGGCGUUUGUCGGAAGUUGGGAUCAUAGUAAUUGAUGAACUUCACAUGGUGGGAGAUCAGCACAGGGGCUAUCUCUUGGAGCUUAUGCUGACGAAGCUUCGGUACGGAGCUGGUGAAGGCCGGGUAGAAUUUUCGAGCGGAGAAAGUUCCGGAACAAGCAGCGGGAAAAUGGACCCCACUCACGGUCUCCAAAUUGUCGGGAUGAGUGCCACCUUGCCCAAUGUUGGUGCGGUUGCUGACUGGCUUCAAGCAGCGCUAUACCAAACAGAUUUUCGACCUGUUCCGCUUGAGGAGUAUAUAAAAGUGGGUAACUCAAUUUAUAACAAAAAGAUGGAACUUGUAAGGAUGAUUCCAAAACGGGCUGAUCUUGGUGGUAAAGAUCCUGAUAAUAUCAUUGAAUUAUGCAAUGAGGUUGUACAAGAGGGCCACUCAGUGUUGAUAUUUUGCUCCAGUCGUAAAGGAUGUGAAUCAACUGCUAAGCAUGUUGCAAAGUACCUCAAGAGUUUUUCCAUGAAUGUUAACGGUGAAAAUGAAUAUCCCGAUGUUGCUUCGGCUAUCGAUGCAUUGAAAAAGUCUCCCGCAGGGUUAGAUCCCGUACUUUCUGAAACGCUUCCUGCUGGUGUUGCCUAUCAUCAUGCUGGUCUCACAGUUGAAGAAAGAGAAGUAGUUGAAAACUGCUACCGUAAAGGUCUAGUACGCGUCUUAACAGCUACAUCCACCUUAGCAGCUGGAGUGAAUCUACCCGCAAGACGAGUUAUCUUCCGACAACCUAGGAUUGGUCGGGAUUUUAUAGAUGGGACAAGAUACCGACAAAUGUCUGGACGUGCGGGUCGCACCGGAAUCGAUACAAAAGGAGAGAGUGUGCUAAUAUGCAAACCCGAAGAAGUGAAAAGAAUUGUGGCACUCAUCGGUGACAGCUGUCCACCGUUGCAUUCUUGUUUAUCAGAAGAUAAGAAUGGAAUGACACAUGCAAUAUUAGAAGUUGUUGCUGGUGGAAUUGUUCAAACGGCUAAUGAUAUCCAUCGUUACGUUAGAUGCACUCUUUUAAAUUCAACACAACCAUUUGAAGAUGUUGUAAAAUCAGCCAAAGAUUCGUUAAAAUGGCUGUGCCAUAGGAAGUUUCUGGAAUGGAGUGAGGAAACUAAGUUGUAUAGUACCACACCCCUUGGCCGUGCUUCUUUUGGCAGCUCUCUCUGUCCCGAAGAGUCACUUAUUGUUCUGGAUGAUCUUACAAGGGCAAGAGAAGGAUUUGUGCUUGCCUCUGAUUUGCACUUAGUUUACUUAGUAACACCGAUUAACGUUGACGUUGAACCCGAUUGGGAACUGUACUAUGAAAGAUUCAUGCAAAUGUCAGCUCUUGAUCAGUCUGUUGGAAACCGUGUUGGAGUGCAAGAACCGUUUCUGAUGCGUAUGGCCCACGGAGCUCCAAUUCGCAGUUCAGAAAGAUCUAGACAUGAUUUAAAAGGGCUCGGGGUGUCAACCAACGGCAUGCUUACAAAUGAUCAAAUGCUUCGUGUCUGUAAAAGAUUCUACGUUGCACUAAUCUUGUCAAAACUUGUACAGGAAGUACCUGUUGCAGAGGUUUGUGAAGCGUUCAAGGUGGCUCGUGGAAUGGUUCAAUCUUUGCAAGAAAACGCGGGACGAUUCGCAUCUAUGGUUGCUGUGUUUUGUGAAAGAUUAGGUUGGCAUGAUCUCGAGAGCUUGUUUGCGAAAUUCCAAAAUCGUGUUUCGUUUGGUGUAAGAGCAGAGAUCGCUGAGCUUACCACCAUUCCGUAUGUAAAGGGUGCUCGAGCUAGGGCACUUUAUAAAGCUGGCCUUCGUACUCCCCAAGCAAUUGCUGAAGCAUCUGUGCUCGAAAUUGCUAAAGCGAUUUUUGAAUCUUCAUCAUGGGAUGCACAAGAAAACACGGCACAGAAACGUAUUCAACUGGGAGUGGCCAAGAAGAUAAUGAACGGUGCGCGUAAGAUUGUUCUGGAUAAAGCCGAAGAAGCAAGGGCUGCUGCUUUUUCAGCUUUCAAGGCUCUUGGAGUCGACGUUCCUCAAUUUUCUCUUCCAAAAUUACCCUCAGCUUCCGUGAACUUUACUAAAAACGAGCCAGUGACUUCUUCACGAGAAGACACGACCAGUAGUGAUUGUGUGAACCAAAAAGAUAUAAAAUCAAAUACCACGGGACUAACGGAAGCAAAACCGUCUAAUGCCGGUUUAAUGACAUCAGCAGAAGAAAAUUCAGACGAUACCACCUUAAGUAAAUCAGGCGCUGACAUCACUGUUAUAAAGGUAGAAAAACCAUGCGAUGUUGGUUUAGCGACAUCAGCAGAAGAAAACUCUGACGAUACCACGUUAAGUAACUCAGGUGCUGACAUCACUGUAAUGAAACACAACGGUGUUGAUGAAAAUCAAAAUCUUCCCGAGAAAGAGCAUAUACGAGUCGGUAACAAAGAAAGAACCUCUGAGAAGGGUCCAACAAGUGCAGUCAGCAUGCCAGGUGGAUUCGAUUCGUUUUUGGAUAUGUGGGACGCAACACAAGAAUUCUUUUUUGAUAUUCAUUUCAACAAACGGUCUGAAUUUAACACAAUCGCGCCGUUCGAAUUACACGGCAUUGCAAUCUGCUGGGAAGAUUCUCCUGUUUACUAUAUUAGUAUCCCCAAGGACUUAUUCUCGUCGGACAACAAAAUAAUCAAGAACCCGAUCGGUAAUAUUAAUCUUGAGGUGGCGAUACAAAGAUGGGCUAGAAUCGGUAUGAUAAUGGGAAAGAGUCGAGUUAGAAAAUUCGGGUGGAACUUAAAGAUUCAAAAUCAAGUGUUGAAACAUCCCGCAGUUUCUAUUCAGAGAUUUGGCAGUUUGACUCAUACGGUGAAAACUAUUGGUGUGGAGCUCGUUGACAACAGUUACUAUAUGUUCUCUCCGGUUCAUCUUAAAGAGGCUGUUGAUUUGUCGGUUGUUGUUUGGAUUCUUUGGCCUGAUGAUGAGAGAAGUUCUAACCCUAAUUUGGAAAAGGAAAUCAAGAAAAGGUUACCUGGUGAGAUGGCAGCAGCUGCUAACCAGAAGGGCCGAUGGAAAAAUCAAAUGCGCAGAGCCGCGCAUAACGGUUGCUGUAGGCGCGUUGCUCAAACACGCGCUUUGUCAUCUGUUCUCUGGAAGUUGCUAACAUCUGAGAAUCUUCUAGAACCAUUAGUAACUACUGAGAUGCCACUGGUAAAUGUUCUUGCUGACAUGGAACUUUCCGGAAUAGGCGUUGACAUGGACGGUUGCAUUCAGUCACGCCAUGUUGUGGCUAAAAAACUAAGAUACCUUGAAAACGAAGCCUAUAGGCUGGCGGGUACACGGUUUUCGUUAUAUACAUCAGCAGAUAUUGCAGAUGUACUUUAUACAAGAUUAAAGUUACCAGUUCCUGAAGGUUAUGAAGGGAAAAAUCACCCUAGUACUGACAAACAUUGUUUGGAAAUGCUAAGGCUUGAGCAUCCUAUAAUUCCUAUUAUUAAAGAACACCGUACGCUGGCCAAACUCUUGAACUGUACGCUAGGUUCAAUGUGUUCUCUUGCAAAGUUAUCAAUGAAGACUCAAAGAUAUACGCUUCAUGGACAUUGGCUCCAAACUUCAACUGCAACCGGGCGGUUAUCCAUGGAGGACCCCAAUCUUCAGUGUGUUGAGCACAUGGUUGAAUUCAAGAUUGACCGUGAUGAAAACGAGACUGACGGUUCAAACACAGAUCACUACAAAGUAAAUCCUCGUGAUUUCUUUAUUCCAACUCAGGAAAACUGGUUACUAGUAACGGCAGAUUAUUCUCAGAUAGAACUGAGAUUAAUGGCUCAUUUCUCCAAAGACACGUCACUAAUUGAGCUCCUUACAAAACCUUCUGGUGAUGUGUUCAACAUGAUUACUGCAAAAUGGACCGGGAAAGCUGAGUCAUCAGUGGACCCUACAGAACGAGAUCAAACCAAGCGGUUGGUUUAUGGAAUUUUAUAUGGUAUGGGUGCAAAUUCGCUUGCGGAACAACUGGAAUGCAGUCCGGAUGAUGCUAAUGAAAAAAUUCAGAGCUUUAAAAGGUCGUUUCCCGGUGUUUCUUCUUGGCUUAAAGAAGCCGUAGCAGAAUGCCGCAAAAAAGGUUACGUGGAAACUUUAAUGGGAAGGAAGAGAUUUUUGGCAAAAAUAAAAUUUGGAAAUACCGAAGAAAAGUCAAAAGCUCAGAGACAAGCUGUGAAUUCCAUUUGUCAGGGAUCCGCAGCUGAUAUUAUUAAAGUUGCAAUGAUAACCAUACAUUCAGUCGUAGGUGAUGGUGUUGAAAAGUCAAAGUCCAGUGUCGAAUUUGCAGAAAGAUUCCACAUGCUUAAGGGUCGUUGUCGAAUUCUUCUACAGGUACAUGAUGAGUUAAUACUUGAAGCCGAUCCUUCUGUUAUGAAUGAGGCUGGAAUGCUACUAAAAUUGAGCAUGGAAAGUGCUGCCUCCCUUCUAGUUCCGCUGAUCGUCAAGCUGAAACGUGGACGAACAUGGGGAUCUUUAGAACCGGUACUGCCUAGUUAGGUACAACAAACUACAUUAAAGUAUGCUAAGAUGCCCGCUUACACCGAAUUCACUUAUUUUAUGUUUGAUAUAUUCAGUAGAAAUUACACCAUUUCUAUUCUGGAAAAAGUUUUCAUUUUAGAAAUAUUUAUUUGUCAUGGAAAAUAGGAAUUUGUUGUAUAAGAAACAUGAAGAAAUGAUAAUAGAAAAAGUCAAUGCCGUUGGUUUUUGAAAACUUUGGUGGGAAAAAAGGUUUGAUGUUUA